ACUGGCGCAAAGACAGGAAAGGGGAUCCUUGGAGAGACGGGGCAUGUCAAUCUUCUAACGUAGCUACCUCUAAUGUAGGGGGAAUAUUUUUCGUUUUAUUCAGUGUCUAUUCUCGGUUAAGUGGAAUUGCUGUUUGUAGCAUAACCCACUGUGUAUUCACCGCCAAGACUUGGUUUACAUAGAUAAAUAAUAACAGAAUGGCUCACUAACCUCAUAGCUCCGACGAGAAGUCAAGCAAUUGAGGUGGACGCCUGGCUGAAAUCUCAGCACUGAAUUGAGCCAACACCACGGGGACGGCCUUUUCUUCGUGCAUGUAGAACGCUCGAUGGUGGACUUUAGCUGCUGCUACUCUGCUAUUUGUCGUACUAUUGUUAGGAACUUUACUGUUUAUAUAAGGGAGUGUAGUACGGUACGUUAUGGUCGGACAGCUGCUGCACGCGAAGCGCACUGACCCGUGAAUUUACUACGCCACGCUUGCUAGCUAACGUUACAUGGGCCAAGUUGUCAGCAGGACCUCAGAAGAACAACUGGCUAGGAUUAGUUUACUAGGCACGGACAUAUAGUUAGCAUUGUGUGGCCAUUUUUACGAUUGCCUGAACCUCCAUUUGAAUUGUUAAAUUCCCCUUGAAACAGGGUGAAUUCAAAAGGAUUGUUCUUCUGCUGUGACAGAAAAAAAACUUUAUUUUGGCCUGUGUGGGUAGCCACCUAGCCAGCUAGCAGCACAGCUAACAGGGUGGACUAGCUUGCUAGCUGUAGCCAUUCCUUCUGAUCUGAUUCGCGGGUGGUUUGCUACAGGCUUGUUACGGAUUUUUCUCGAGGAACAAGGAUUCCAGAAAACGCAACCGAUCUGAUGCAACUGACAGCACUGACAUUUUUUCACAAUGUUGCCUGCAUAUAUUCUCUCACAAAUAUAUGGGUACUUUGAAUCCUUAGACUUGUGUAGUUAAAAGCAGCUAGUGAGCGUUAGCUAAACAAUCUUUUCAGAUCAACGAGUUUAGCUAGCUAGCUGAAUGCUAGAGAAUUGAACACGUUGGACUUUCUUCUCCGCCCAUUUUGGGGGGUGACAGGAUUUUUAUCAGCCAUAUGUCGUUGUUUUAAUAAACAAGCUGCAUUAGACGCUACUCUUUUCGGAUUGUCCAUUAAAUGAUCUUCACCGCGCUGGACAGUUGGUACAUAUCUGCAGGGGUCAGGAUGCGGCUUCGGACUUUGAUUGUUUUGGUGGCGUCUGUCUGCAUUUUAUGGAGUUGUCAGUCAACAAAUGGAGAAGUCUGCUCCAGCGUAGACAUCCGGAACAACACGACGGACCUGGCGUUACUGGAGAACUGCACGGUGAUCGAGGGCCACCUGAAGAUCCUCCUCAUGUUCAAAACCAAGCCCGAGGACUUCCGCGGCCUCAGCUUCCCCCGCCUCACCAUGAUCACCGACUACCUGCUGCUCUUCCGCGUCUACGGCCUGGAGAGCCUGAGCGACCUCUUCCCCAACCUGACGGUCAUCCGGGGCAACAACCUCUUCUUCAACUACGCGCUGGUGCUGUUCGAGAUGCUGCAGCUGAAGGAGAUCGGCCUGCACAGCCUGACCAACAUCACGCGCGGCGCCGUGCGCGUGGAGAAGAACCCGGACCUGUGCUACCUGGCCACGCUGGACUGGUCCAAGGUGCUGGACACGGUGGAGGACAACUACAUCGUGGCGAACAAGAACGAGCGCGAGUGUGGCGACGUCUGCCCCGGCACCGUCAAGGGCAAAAUCACCUGCCCGCAGACCACCAUCAACAUGCACUUCAGCGAACGCUGCUGGACCCUACGCCACUGCCAGCGCAUCUGCCCGUCCUACUGUAAGCACGCCUGCACCCGGGACAACCAGUGCUGCCACGACCAGUGCCUGGGAGGCUGCCUGGAGGCCGGCUCGCCCAGCAAGUGCGUGGCGUGUCGGCACUACCUGCACGCGGACACGUGCGUGGAGCGCUGCCCGGCGGGCCACUACACCUACAAGGGCUGGCGCUGCGUCUCGGUGCGCUUCUGCCAGGAGCGCCACCAGCGCUGCAAGGAGGCCAACGGCACCGCCUGCCAGCACCACGUCAUCCACAACGGCGCCUGCCUGGCCGAGUGCCCCUCGGGGUACACCACCGCCAACGCCACCUCACUGCGCUGUACUCCCUGUGCGGGCUUGUGUCCAAAGGUGUGUAUGGGCCGCAAGACCAUCGACUCGAUGACCGCCGCCCAGGAGCUGCGCGGCUGCACCGUGCUCAAUGGCAGCCUGGUCAUCAUCAUCCGCGGAGGCAAUAACAUCGCUGCUGAGCUGGAGGCCAACCUGGGCCAGCUGGAGGAGAUCACGGGCUACCUGAUGGUGCGGCGCUCCUACGCGCUCGUCUCGCUCUCCUUCCUCCGCAAGCUGCGCAUCAUCCACGGGGACACGCAGGAGUCCGGGAACUACUCUUUCUACGCACUGGACAACCAGAACUUGCGUCAGCUGUGGGACUGGAGCAAGCACAACCUGACCAUCGCGAGCGGCCGCAUGUUCUUCCACUACAACUCCAAGCUGUGCAUGUCCGAGAUCCGCAAGAUGGAGGAGGUGACGGGGACCAAGAAGCGCCACGCCAAGAACGACAUCGCCACCAGGACCAACGGAGACCAGGCCUCAUGUGAGAAUGCCGAGCUCAAGUUCACCGUCAUCCGCACCAUGUCUGACAAGAUCCUCCUCAAGUGGGAGUCCUUCUGGCCCACAGACUUCCGAGACCUGCUGGGCUUCAUGGUGCUCUACAAAGAGGCGCCUUACGCCAACGUGACUGAGUUCGACGGGCAGGAUGCCUGCGGCUCCAACAGCUGGGUGAUUGCCGACCUGGAGCCACCAACACGUGGCACGGAUGGCAAGGAUCAUGCCGACCCCGGCCACCUCAUCACCAUGCUGAAGCCCUGGACGCAGUACGCCAUCAUGGUCAAGACCCAGCUGUCUGGCUCCGACGACCACGAGGUCAACGGUGCCAAGAGCAAGAUCAUCUAUGUUCGCACCAACGCCACCAAGCCCUCUGUACCGCUGGACCCCAUCUCCUCGUCUAACUCGUCGUCUCAGAUCAUCCUGAAGUGGAAGCCCCCGAACGACCCCAACGGCAACAUCACCCACUACCUGGUGUACUGCCAGCAGCUGGCCGAGGCCAGCGAGCUCUACAAGUUUGACUACUGCCAGCAAGGUAUGAAGGUGCCGUCGCGCGUGCCCACGCAGGUGGACAGCGAGGAGGAGCAGAAGUGGAACCAGACGGAGGAGCAGGGCCAGACCGGCCGCUGCUGCGCCUGCCCCAAGACCGAGAAGCAGCUCAAGAAGGAGGCCGAGGAGUCCGAGUACCGCAAGACCUUCGAGAACUACCUCCACAACGAAGUCUUCACCGUCAGGCCCUCUCCCAGUCGCUCGCGGCGCUCCCUGGGCAGCGUGGCCAACCGCACGCUGAUCGUGACCACCCCGUCCGCCGCCGCGCCCAGCCCCCCCGCGCCCACGCUCAGCCCCGAGGAGAAGGAGGCGGAGGCCAACAAGCUGGAGCUCAAGGUGCUCGCCAAGGAGUCCACCGUCAUCUCCAACCUGCGCCACUUCACCAGCUACCAGAUCGAGAUCCACGCCUGCAACCACGACACCGACCCCUCGCGCUGCAGCAUGGCCGCCUACGUCAGCGCCCGCACCAUGCCCGAGGACCGAGCGGAUGACAUACCAGGGCCCAUGACCUCUGAGGUGUCCGACUACACGGUCCACAUCAUGUGGUCAGAGCCCCAGAACCCCAAUGGCAUGAUCAUCCUCUACGAUGUCAACUACAAGAGAGUGGGAGACGCAGAGGCUCUGACGCUUUGCGUGUCCAGGAAGAGCUACGUGGCUGAUGGAGGCUGCAAGCUCCGGGUGGUGCAUCCUGGGAAUUAUACAGUGCGCAUCCGCGCCACCUCCCUGGCAGGCAAUGGUUCCUGGACGGAGCCUGCGUACUUCUACGUACAAGACCGAGUGGACACGACAAACAUGCUGAAGAUUGUCAUCGGGCCGGUUAUCUGCAGCGUUCUGCUGGUGAUGAUGAUGUGUGUCGGCUUCUUUGUGUUCAAGAAGAAGCAAACCGAGGGCCCCACUGGACGCCUGUACACAUCGCCCAACCCAGAGUAUCUCAGCCCGGAUGAAGUCUAUGAGCCAGAUGACUGGGAGGUUCCUCGUGACAAGAUCGCCCUGCUGCGUGAGUUGGGCCAGGGCUCCUUUGGCAUGGUCUACGAGGGCAACGCCAAGGACAUCAUCAAGGGCGAGUCCCAGACACGCGUCGCUGUGAAGACGGUCAACGAGUCGGCCAGCCUGAGGGAGAGGAUCGAGUUCCUGAAUGAAGCGUCCGUCAUGAAGGCCUUCAGCUGCCACCACGUGGUGAGGCUGCUGGGUGUGGUGUCCAAGGGGCAACCGACCCUGGUGGUGAUGGAGCUGAUGACCCACGGCGAUCUGAAGAGCUGGCUGCGCUCCCUGCGUCCGGACGCAGAGAACAACCCUGGGCGUCCUCCCCCCACCUUGAAGGAGAUGAUCCAGAUGGCGGCGGAGAUUGCAGACGGCAUGGCCUACCUCAACGCUAAGAAGUUUGUGCACAGAGACUUGGCCGCCCGCAACUGUAUGGUGGCCGAUGACCUUACUGUCAAAAUUGGAGACUUUGGGAUGACGAGGGACAUUUAUGAGACUGAUUAUUACAGAAAGGGGGGGAAAGGUCUGCUCCCUGUUAGGUGGAUGGCCCCCGAGUCCUUAAAGGAUGGGGUGUUCACCGCCCAUUCAGAUUGCUGGUCCUUUGGCGUGGUGCUGUGGGAGAUCAGCACUCUGGCAGAGCAGCCCUACCAGGGCCUGUCCAACGAGCAGGUGCUCAAGUUCGUCAUGGAGGGGGGAUACCUGGACCGGCCCGAUAACUGUCCAGACCGCCUACACAGCCUGAUGCAGAUGUGCUGGCACUACAACCCCAAGAUGCGGCCCCCCUUCCAGGAGAUCAUCGAUAUGCUCCGGGAGGACCUGCACCCCUCCUUCCAGGAGAUGUCCUUCUACUACAGCGAGGAGAACAAGCCCCCGGAGACGGAGGACUUCGACAUGGACCUGGAGAACAUGGAGAGCAUCCCGCUGGACCCGUCGUCCUACUCGCAGCGCGAGGCCAGCCUGACCGGCGACGAGGGCUCGUCGGUGGGCCUGCGGGGCAGCUACGAGGAGCACGUGCCCUACACGCACAUGAACGGCGGCAAAAAGAACGGACGCAUUUUAUCCCUGCCGCGCUCUAGCCCCUCCUGAUAUUGCCCUCUCGCUCCUGACAACCCCACCCCCAUACCCAUCCCACAGACGCCCUAAAUCACAGAAACACACAGCUAUAUAUAUUACCUUUUUUUUUUGGGUUCGUCGUUUUAUAGAUUUCACUUUUAUCACGCUCUACAGUGGCCCUUCAGAAAACGAAUCAAAUGAUCUCAGGACUUUUUUUUUCUUCUUCUAUCCUCUCUGCUGCCACAGUCUGACGAAGCAGGGUGAGCUGGUCCUCUUUUGUAUUUGAGCUCAAAAUGGACGUUUCUGCUUCUCACCUGACUUCAGAUUUUUUUUUUUUUAACAAAAAUAAAUAUUGCCAAGUUUCCAGGACUGGUCAAAUGGAACAAACUGUGAAAUUAACCUCAUUAAAAAACCAAAAAGGCUGCUUAACUACACCACCUUAAACAGACUGUCCUCAAUGGGCCCCUUACACACACACACACUCACAUACUCAUACAUAAACACACACAAUCCAACCCCCUCCCGUGCUGGAUUUUCUCCAGGAGCUGAAGUGGCCUUAUCGUCUUUGUGGCCUAUGAACAUACAGUAGAGGUGUGUGUGCGUGCGUGGCUGUGUGCGUGCGUGCGUGCGUGCGUGUGUGUGUGUGUGUGUGUGCGUGUGUGUGUGUGUGUGUGUCUUGCUUUCUGUCUCCGAAGUGUCAGUGGCAAACAACCAUAAGCUUUUGGGAACUGUGGGAUUAUGGUCCUGCUCCACCCAUCCACGAACAAAACUCUUCCCAGGGGGAGCAGUGCGGAUGAGGUGUGUGUGCUGGGAACCCUCCCCACUGGCUUUUUUUUCCUCCAGUAUUCCAAACCUUAACAGAGAAUGAACAGUCUUUUUUUUUUCUUUGGGACAUUACUUUUUAAUUUAUUUACUUUUUUCUUUCAGUUUUUUUCUCCUCUUGUGUUCUUACAUUACAGCUGAAGGAUAUUUAAACUGUUUUCAGAACAUUUGACAGGGGUUCCUCAGAUUGACCAAUAGUUGCUGCUUUGAUAUAUUUUAGUGGGGAUAGAAAUGAAAAGUAUAUAUAAAUAUAUUAUUGAUGUUUUUUGUACAUAGUUGAUAUGUUGUCAUUCAGAAAAAAGAGGUUAUUGCCGUUUGUAGAGAUGUUUUUACAUGUUUGUCUCUAAUCUUUAUUUUUUCUAAUCCAAAAAAAUCCUACUAAUCAUCCUCUGGAUAUCUGAUCUGCCAAUCGCACCGAUUGCUCGUUUUUGUUUUUGUCGUUUUUUGUUUUUGUUUUUGUUUUUUUCUAUCAGACACAGGAGGAGUAUUUUAGAUGCCUUUGGCUUCAGAUGUCAGCCCUGAAUUUCAAGAUCAUUUGAAAUACUGCUGUAAAUAAAAAAGGAAAGCAGUGAGGUGCAUUCAAGAAGAGUU